AGAAGAAGAACCAGACCGGAAACUAAACACAGCGGCUGAGCGGCGAACGGCGGGAAGAACAUUUUUAACCCGAACAUAACAACAAUCGGCUGCAGGAGAAAUCUACACAAACAGACAGACUGUCUUCAGGCUCAUGGACUGGUUACCGUUGGUUACAGCAUGGAGCGCUCUGAUUGGAUGGAUCACUCACUGACUCCGCCUCCAGAUCUCCAGUCAGCAGCAGCAUGUCGGACUCUUCUGAUGAAGGUGACCAGAGGAAGGAGGGAGAGUCCACCAGCAGGAUGUGGGCAGAGUCUGAACCAGGUCCAUCCAGGGCCCGGCCCAGCAGACAGGGAUACUGUGGGUACUGCAGAGUCCUGUACAACAACCUGGACCAGCACCUGGCCAGUCUCAGACACCUGGACUCAGUCCGGGCCUCCUCCCGGGGAUCCAGCGCCGCCGUCUCCACCCCAAGCAGCACCAGAACCAAGCUAACCCUGCUGGAGCGCUUCUUACAGGACGUCCUGAAGCACCACCCGCACAGCUACCACUCCAGCCCGUCUCAGGCCGACCUCCCGCCAGUCUCCACCCCUCCGAUGGCCAGAGAGGGGGCGGGUCCGGAGAGGCUGUCUGCACCAAUCGGAGAGCAGCAGGAAGGAUGUCCCGCCCCCGAGGGGCACACACAGACCCCGCCCCUGGUCCACAGAAAGGCUCACAGGAAAACCAACCGGAGGAAAACCAGCGAGUCCUCUUCUUCCUCGCAGCCAAUCAGGCGUCCAGACCAGGACCCUGGUCCCUCUCCAGACCCUGGUCCCUCUCCAGUCCCUGGUCCCUCUCCAGUCCAAGGUCCCCGGUUCCCCACAGUCCCUGGUCCCUCUCUAGACCCUGGCCCCUCUCCGGUCCCUGGUCCCUCUCCAGACCCUGGACCCCGGUUCCCCACAGUCCCUGGUCCCUCUCCAGACCCUGGUCCCCGGUUCCCCUGGCUAGUCUGGCAGAAGCAGAGGAGGAAGGUCCAGAAGGAGGAGGCGUUCUCAUCGGACCACAGUGACUCUCUGGACCGGACCAUCGAGGAGGUGAUCCAGAUGUGUUGCCAUGGCGACCAGCAGGAGGAGACGGACAGCUUCCACUUCAGCCUUCCUGUCUCCAUGGAAACACAGAGCGACCACUGGGACUCACCUGUACAGGUGCAUGGUGACUCACCUGUGCAGGUGAGCCAGACUGAGGGGCGGAGCCUGAUUGGUCUGAUGGACGCCCAGGUACACCUGGAGGACCCGGGCUACUCCUACAGGCUGGACUCAGCCCUGAUAGGGGGCGGAGCCACAGGGGGCGGGGCCACGGACAGCUACCUGGCGCUGCCCAUAGACCAGGUCCUACCUGUGCCGGAACAUUUCCCAGAAUCCUUCAGGGGAAAGAGCUGGCUGCAGAUCCAGCAGGAGGACGAGCUGAAGGUGGACAGGCUGGUCCAGCAGUUCAGACGGGGGACAUUCCUCUGCUACUUCGAGUCAGAGUCCCUGGCCAGGUACGGCCGGAGGAGGCACAACAGGAAGGAGGCGGAGCCAGACAGCGACGUCCUUCCCUUAUUGGACGGUGAUGAUGACGAGGUCUCGGCGUGCUUCAGGAAGAGAAGGAGGCGGGGCUUCAGAGUGGCGUCCAGGUGUCAGGUUGUCAAAGUCAGCCGCAGCACUCAGACGCUGCGAUUGGUCGUCCCGGCGGUGUGUGAGCCAGCGUCUGAGGCCCCGCCCCCCGACGUGCCUGCAGCCAAUCAGGAGCCAUCGGCCGAGCGGACUCCGGUGGCACGACCGUGGCGCUCUCUGCCGGCGUCGUACCGCGGCAUCGUGACGCCGCUGCAGCCUCGCAGCCAGCUUCUCUUCCUGCUCUGCUCGCCAUCGGGCUCCGCCCCCCUCUACUCGCCGCUAGGCUCCGCCCACAAACGCUGCCGCAAGAAGACGCGCCCGCUGGAGCGCCCGGGGUCAAAGGUCACGUACAAACGGCUUCCAGUUAGCUUCUACGAGCCCGGCAGCAACCGCAUCCUGAGCCACGCCCCCAGAGGCUCCGCCCCCAGAGGCCGCUCCGCCCCCAGAGGCUCCGCCCCCAGCCGCACGCCACCGCCCUGCGUCCGCCAGCUGUUCCGGAGCCUGAGCCCGGACCUGAACGCCGCCAGCAGGGUCAAAGGUCACCGUUCCCCUCUGAGCGCGCUCAGUAGAGACUCGGACAAACGGGACAAACAGGAAGCGGCGAGGAGACGAGGUGGGGCGUCCCAGGCCACGCCCCCCCGAGGCAGGUCAGAGCGGGGGGGGAGGGGAGGGACAGGACUCGCCCCCCCCAGCCCCCCAAGAGAAGAAGAACCGGGGCUCAGGCGGCGCCCAAUCAGCCGAGGAGGGAGGGUCUAAGGAGCAGCAGGGGGCGGAGCUAGCAGGACACGGGGUUGCUAGGGGUUGCUAGGGGGUUCUACUAUCUCUGAUUAGACAGGCAGCGCUGGAAUGUAACUAAGUACAUUUACUCAGUACACACCACACACACACACACACACACACACACACACACAC